AACAACCGUUUAAAUCACCGUGUCUAUGUACUAGGCUGUCCACAUAGCAACUACUUGAAAUCCGGUUUCUGCCAUUAAAAUAGCAUUGAAGGUAGUGUUUUGGCUUGUAAUUUGUCUGAGCCCACAAGCCAAUUUCUUCAUUUCUGGUUCUUGCAUUGUGUUCUGAGUCGAAAAUGAGGUGGGUUUGCUUGUUCUUGGGAACUUUGUUGUUCUGUGCUUGUGGGGAUGCACAUAACAUAACCAAGAUUCUGAAUGGCAUUCCGGACUGCAGUGAAUUCAACAAGUAUCUGACCCAGACGAAGCUUGCCGAUGAGAUUAACAGUAGGACGACUAUCACAGUCCUGGUGCUGAACAAUGCUGCGAUGGCGGAUAUCACUAGUAAGAAUCUGGGUUUGGCGGCGAUCAAGAACAUUCUGAGCUUGCAUGUGCUGUUGGACUACUUUGAUGGGCAGAAGUUGCAUGAUAUCAACAAUGGGUCGGCGUUGUCGACUACAUUGUACCAGACGACGGGGAAUGCUGAGGGAAAUAGUGGGUUUCUUAAUAUUACCGACAUCAAGGGCGGGAAAGUGGGCUUUGGAGCGGUUACUCCUGGUUCCAAGUCGAAGUUGGAUUCCACGUUUGUGAAGUCAUUGAAGGAGGUGCCAUACAAUAUAUCUGUCUUGGAGAUCAGUAAGGCAAUUAUGCCCUCUGAUCUGGCUGCCCCUGCUCCCUCGGCCAAUCUGAACAUAACCGAACUGUUGGAGAAGGCUGGGUGCAAGAUUUUUGUACAGCUCAUUACCAGCACUGGGGUUCUUAAGACUUAUGAGGACGCCUUUGUCAACGGGUUCACUCUGUUUGCCCCCACAGAUGAGGCAUUCAGUGCAACAGUUAUGGCUAAACUGAAGAAGCUCUCCAGUGCCCAGCAAAUUUAUGUUCUGGAAUACCAUGCUCUGCCUCAGUACAGUCCCAUGGGAACUCUCAAGACAUCUAGUGGACCGGUCAGCACUCUGGCUACUAGUGGGGCGGCGAAGUAUGCUUUGUCAAUCUCUUCGUCUGGCAAUGUAGUCACUCUGAGUAGUGGGCUGACCAAGAGUACUGUUACAAAUACUCUGGAUGAUGAUGAGCCCAUUGCUCUGUACACAAUUAAUAAACUUUUGAUGCCGACAGAGAUCUUUGGAGUGGCCCCUGCACCUGCUCCCACCCCGGAUUUGACACCCUCUUCUAACCCCACUCCUGCUGAGGCACCAGCCCCUGAAGCCAUUCCUCCUUCUGCGCCUUCUCCUUCCCCAGUUCUCUCGUCACCACCGGCCCCUCCUACUGGUGUGCCCGCUGUAGCCCCUGCAGUCAUGGGCCCUGCAUCUGCUAAAUCCAGCACUGGGUUUGCCCCUCCUCGCAUCUCUCUUGGGCUUGGUUUCAUGGCCUCCUUGGCCUUAGCAUGCUCCGCUAUCUUAUUGUAGGCUGCAUUUCGUUAUGUUCCUUUCAUAACUGUUUUGCCUUUUAAGGAUUCUAUUUGGGUGGAUGUAAUCUGUGGUGGGUUUUUCAUUGUUUUUAGUUGUAGGUGGUUGAUGGUGGAUACCUACCCUGUGGUGCUGCUGCUGGUUGUAACCAUGUGGGUAGGUGCUAUCUAGUAUCUACAAUAUUUGGAAUUUUCUUAUAAUUCUACUCUUACAGAAUUCAUUUUUCUUUAUUGUGGUUGCUAUCAAGUCUACAUACUUGGGUGGUAAAUUAUUUCUGCUCACAGAUCUUGUAAGAUUCUUUUUAGAAUAGUCUCUGGAUGUAGCAGAAGAGGGAUGCUUGUGUUUUGUGGAAGUAGAUAUAGUUUUUAGUGGGUUUUGGAAUCUACAUUGUAUUCAUCAUGGUUGUUACUGAAAUUGAUUACAUAUUUGCGACUUGUA